UUUAUUCAAGAGAAAUGCAACCUAUGUGCACACAGACCUUCAUACAUGAACACUCAUAUCAGCUCCAUUCCUAACAGCUCCACGUGGGAAACAGCUCAAGUAAGUCUCCAUCAUGCCAGGCAUCCUGAACCCGGUUCGUGACCCAGGGAGGUCGAGACGCCAACCCCUCUGCACCCAGAGGACGCCGGUGGCGGGACAUGGGAGCCCGACCCUCGCGACGGCAGGUGCCGGAAGCUCCGCGCGUGACUCUGGCGGCGCUGCCCCCGGAGCUGCUGGUGCAGGUGCUGAGCCACGUGUCUCCCCGCGCGUUAGUGACGCGCUGCCGGCCCGUGUGCCGAGCCUGGCGCGACGUGGUGGAUGGCCCGAGCGUGUGGCUGCUGCAGCUGGCCCGCGACCGCAGUGCGGAGGGCAGAGCCCUCUACGCCUUGGCCCAGCGCUGCCCCCCCGACGAUGACCAUCAAGACGAGUUCCCGCUCUGCGCUCUGGCCCGUUUCUGCCUGCGCGCACCGCUCGGUCGCAACCUCAUCUUCAACUCCUGCGGAGAGCAGGGCUUCAGAGGCUGGGAAGUGGAGCACGGAGGGAACGGCUGGGCCGUGGAAAAGAAUUUGACGGUGGUGUCAGGCGCUCCUUCCCAGACCUGCUUUGUGACUUCUUUUGAAUGGUGCUUCAAGAGGCAGCUGGUGGACCUGGUGAUGGAAGGAAUGUGGCAGGAGCUUCUGGACAGUGCCCAGAUUGAGAUCUGCGUAGCUGACUGGUGGGGCGCCCGUGAGAACUGCGGCUGUGUCUACAGGCUUCGGGUCCGUCUGCUGGAUGAAUAUGAAAAUGAAGUGGUCAAGUUCUCGGCCUCGCCCAACCCAGUACUUCAGUGGACUGAGAGCAGCUGCCGACAAGUCUCUCACGUCUUCACUGACUUUGGCAAAGGCAUCCGAUAUGUGUCUUUUGAGCAGUAUGGGAGAGACACGCGUUCCUGGGUGGGACACUACGGUGCCCUUGUGACCCACUCCAGUGUGCGGCUCAGGAUCCGUCUGUCCUAGCUGACCAGCCCUUCAGGACUUCCAGGACAUACUGCCUUCUCCCGGAUGGUGUUAGUCAAAGGUGGCUUUGCAGCCUGCCCCCAGCUGAACAGAAAAAGGGGAUCCUGUGCGGCUCCCCUACACACUUGCUGUUUCAGCAUCAUGGCCCUCCUGCUGUGACACACCAGGGACCUAACCAGCUUGUCUGUAGCUUCCUUCUCUCCUCAAGCAGGGACCACCUUAAAGUGACAGGCACCUCUAGGUUACUGAGCCUGAGAACUGCUUCAUGUAUAGAUGUCAGUGGGUAAAGUGUGUCAAAACAAAAACAGUCCAAGCCAGACCUGAUAGCACACACUUCUGAUCCCAGCACUCUCGGUAGAGGUAGGAGGAUCAUGAGUUCAAAGUCAUCCUCAGCUAUAUACUGAGUUCCAGGCCAGCCUGAGCUAUGUGAGACCAUGUCAAAAACACAAAACAUCCAAUAGACCAAGCUCAGAAUAUAACAAAAGGAGAAAGCUA